AGCGUGGGCGCCAUGGCGUCAUCCCUUCUCCUGACAGCCAGGGAAAGACGCUUGCGCCCUGUGUCGGGAUCGAUAACCUGAACACACCUACAUUUACCUCUCACACUGUGAGGGUUGUUUUUGCAAUUCAAGGUCUUAUGUGGUUCCCUAUAAAUUUCAAGAUUUUUUUUCUGGAAAACUUUUUCAGUUUUUUCUCUGAAAAUAUUACUGGUAUUUUAAUGAGGAUUGCAUUCAAUUUGUACAUCGUUUUAAGCAGCUUUCUGGAGAAGACAAACUCUGUACACAAUAAACAAGUUGCAGAAAUUAGAUAAAACUACUUGACAAAAUGACUACUUGUCACUUUGACGGAGAUCCUAUAAAAAAGGUUGCUAUCUUUGGAGGAACUCAUGGGAAUGAGCUAACAGGAGUAUUUCUAGUUAAGCACUGGCUAGAGAAUGGCGCUGAGAUUCAGAGAACAGGUCUUGAGGUAAAGCCAUUUAUUACCAAUCCAAGAGCAGUGAAGAAGUGUGCCAGAUAUAUUGACUGUGACCUUAAUCGAGUUUUUGACCUUGAAAAUCUUGGCAAAAAAAUGUCAGAGGAUUUGCCAUAUGAAGUGAGAAGGGCUCAAGAAAUAAACCAUUUAUUUGGCCCAAAAGAUAGUGAAGAUUCCUAUGACAUUAUUUUUGACCUUCACAACACUACUUCUAAUAUGGGUUGCACUCUUAUUCUUGAAGAUUCCCGGAAUGACUUUUUAAUUCAGAUGUGUCAUUAUAUUAAGACUUCUUUAGCUCCAUUGCCUUGCUAUGUCUAUCUUAUUGAGCAUCCUUCCCUCAAAUAUGCAACCACCCGUUCCAUAGCCAAGUAUCCUGUUGGCGUAGAAGUUGGUCCCCAACCUCACGGAGUUCUGAGAGCAGAUAUUUUGGAUCAAAUGAGAAAAAUAAUUAAACAUGCCCUUGAUUUUGUACAUAAUUUCAAUAAAGGAAAAGAAUUUCCUCCCUGUACUAUUGAAGUCUAUAAAGUACUGGAAAAAGUUGACUAUCCCAGGAAUAAAUGUGGAGAAAUUACUGCUAUUAUCCACCCUAAUCUGCAGGAUCAAGACUGGAAACCAUUGCACCCUGGGGAUCCCAUGUUUUUAACUCUUGAUGGAAAGACUGUUCCAUUGGGCGGAGACUGUACGGUGUACCCUGUGUUCAUAAAUGAAGCUGCAUAUUAUGAAAAGAAUGAAGCUUUCGCAAAGACAACUAAAUUAACACUCAAUGCAAAAAGUAUUCACUCCUCUUUACAUUAGAAGUCACUUCUAGCUUGCUGCUUAUCCAGUAUCUUGAAAAACUCUACUAGAUUGUAAGCUCCUGGAGAGCAGGACUGUGCCUCACUCAGCUUCACAUCCCCUGCACUGAGUCUAGUGCCUUGCACACAGUGAGCAUUCAGGUGAAUUUCUUGAAUGAAUAAAUUAAUGAAUAUUUUUAAAGAUAUCAUACUUUAUGUAUGUAGCUUACUUGAAGAAAUGCAUGUCUUAUUUCUGCAUAGCUUUUUAUACAUGGUACUUUGAUAGUUUAAUAUUCUUAAUACAUAGCCUUUAAGUUCAAAUAUAAAAAUUGAAAGAGAUACUGUACACCCCAAAAAAGUACUACUUUGGGCAGAGAAUUAAGUGUGGUAUGUUUUCAAGUAAUGUGUAAAUGUUAUUAGAAACUAAUGGUGCAGACUUAACUCUUUUUAAAUUCUAUGCUAUUUCAUAUUUGAAUUAAUGAUGAUAUUAAGUAUCCAAUCAAUAAACAUUAGUAAUAGUUGUGAUACCCAUAGGAGAUUUUUAAAUGUUCUUUUGAAGAUGAAAUGUGAAUGACAAAUGAGGGCUGAUUGUUAAUGUACCAUCAUGAAUAAAUGAAGAAACUCUGAAUGGUCCUUUGCCCACAAAGCGUCUCCUCACUAGCGUGCCCUCUUGCUCCUAAUGUUCCUUCCCCACGUGGCAAAGGCGUAAGAGGCAUAUUCCUCACAGCUGUCACUUCUCAUUUUGAAAGAACACACUUGCUCUCUCCCCAGCCGAUAUGUGAGGAUGUCCCUGUGCUCCAGCAGCAUAGGUGGGAGCUCCAGCAGCAGAGGGCAGGGGACACUAGUGGAAAUAUGACCCAUAUCCAUGUCUCUGGUUUGCAAAUACAUUCUUUCAGGAAAUUUCCCUGUGUUCUAAAUACGCAAGUCCCUCACCUCCCAUGAUUCUUCUUUUCAAAGGUCCUUGGGCUGAAAUGCUGCUUUCCUCUCUUUCCAGCCCCUGCAGGAACCCUCCUCUAGGGCCAAAGCAGCCAAGUAAGGGGCAUUUUUAUCCCAUGAUUUGGACCCCAAAACACUCAUGUUAACAGUUUCAAAUGUAUUUACCAAAAUCAUACUAACAUUUUCUGAACAGAUAUAGAUAUAAACAUUUUCAUUCUUCCAGAGCAUGCCCCAUUAAGCCAAAUUUUAUUCCUUAUUCAGUGUUCUCUAUUGUACAAUUAAACUGUUUCUAAUUAUUUCAGCACUUUUGUGGUACUUUACCAAAAUCAUUUUCACUGCAAUAAAGUCUCUUCCUUCUGAAGUCUGUUGUAAAAAAUUAUCAGUUUUUGUAUUUACAAGCUUUACCCAGUUUCCUGGGUAUCCCACUGUGAGUGUUACUUGAUGUUUUAUGUCUAAGUCCAA